AUCUACAUUUUCACCUUCAUUUUCAUUGAUACUUCUGUGUGAAUAAACUGUAUUCUAGAGAGAAGUGUUUCACUAUCUACGAAAAUCAGAUUCCUCCAAGAAUUAUUUAAAUCAAUCAAUUCUAACCUUUUUGUAGACCACAUAUUCAUCAAAUCACUACAAUAGCGCCCCACUUCUCCGUGUGGUAUAAAAAAAAAUUGCUACCAAAAUAUAUUCUAAUGAUUCUACCCGCUUACUAUAUAAACUCCUGCGUUCAGCGAGUGGUCUUAAUUAACAAUUUAUGGACGAGAUGCGGCUUAAUUUCGAUGUCCUGGCAAAGUCCUUCCUUGCAUUUUAACUCUUGGAGAAAUAUUUCACCCGGGUGUUAAAUCGACGAUUAACCUGAACGGUCACACAAAACCAUUUCCUUCAAUCUUCCAUGUUAAAAAUGUGAUACGAGUUCACUUCAGGGGUUGACACAACAUAAAGACGACUCACGUUUGGUGUGUAGUCUCUCUAUACGAUCAACAGUGAUAAAGUAGAAUGAAUGAAAAGGUCGGUCCUUACGAUCAUUUCUACCAGGCAUCUAAUCAACAACAUGGGUACAUCUGUCAAACAUCUAAUCAACAACAUGGGUUCAACUACCAGACAUCCAAUCAACAACUUGUGGGCACAGGGAGUCCUUUCAAAGAAAGAUAUUUCACAAAAAGAACUCACGAUGGCGAGCCACCGCCGCUACCACUAGAAGAAAAAAAGAGAUUUUUUACAUAUCUCAUGGAAACUACGACGUUUUCUGGCAUAUCUAAAGUUUAUUUUACCCCACGGUGGUACCUUAAACUUAUGUGGAUGCUAUUUUUCACGGUGACGUUCUGCUAUAUGUCAAUUAUGAUGAUGGGAUUGUUUAGACAUUAUUUUAAAUAUCCAGUAAAAACAGACACCACGCUUGGUUACAGCGCUUUACCAUUACCUGCUGUAACUGUGUGUAAUGAAAACCCUAUCAAAAGAUCUCGUCUUAAGGAUACACCAUGUCAGUUACAGCAAAGAUUGAAUAUGUCCAUGACUGAACGAAGUAAGUUCUGUAGACUGGUUGGUGAUAUAGAAGAGUCUGUAAACCUACAGAGCGAUCAUGUAGAAUGCCCUGAAGAAGAUACUGAGUGCCAGGAAUUUGUAAAUAUGGCCGAGAAUGCUGUUUUAGAGACUAUGUUUGAAAAUAGAAGACGUAUCAGAGAUGAUAUAUUAGAGAUGGAUCUUCAAGAUAUAUACAACUUGGGUCACCAGAAAAAUGAUUUUAUACUGAGCUGUUCCAUUCGUGGUAAAUCCUGCACCUCAAACUCCUUCAAAACAUCACUAUCAUCUGAAUAUGGAAAUUGUUUUACUUGGUUACCACAAAAUGGAACAGACAAAGUGACUGGCAGUGGUCCAGAAAAAGGGCUGGAAUUAGUUUUAAAUUUAGAGAUUGAAGAAUAUAUCGAAGAAUAUAACCAAGGUUAUGGAAUACAAGUUAUUAUACAUGAAAAUGGUACCAUAGCACUACCUAAUGUAGAAGGGAUGUCUAUCUCCGGUGGUGAAGAGACCAGUAUCGGCCUAAAACUUGUAAAUAUAACACGUAUGGGUGGUUGGUAUGGAGAUUGUACUGAUGGUGUUGAAUUUAGUGAAAAAUAUAAAAUGAGCUACACCGAAGAGUCGUGUAGAUUACUUUGUUUAUCCAAUGCUACUCAAGUAAAUUGUGGCUGUUAUCCGGCUGCUGCUAUAGAGCUAGACUAUUAUCUAAAAACAAGACACGGAUUCUGUCGUCGUCACAAAUGGGUAUGUGAAGAUUGGAUGGAAAACCAUUUUGCCCGUCACCUAACAAUGGUUGAAGAAUGUGGGUGCUUCAAUCCCUGCAAAAGGAAGACUUUUGAAAAGCGAGUAACAUCAAGGAUGUGGCCAUCAAACCAUCUGUUGAAAAAAUUAGAAAAACAAGUUUGUAGUAGAAAUAAAAAUAGUCCAAAAUGUAAAUACACCAAUAAUUCCAACACGAGUGAACGCAGAUCUUCUUUCGCAAAAAUCUUUAUAUUUUACGAAACACUGAAUUACCAAAAUGUAGAGGAGAAACCAUUUUACGACAAAAUCUCGUUUAUGUCUGAUAUUGGUGGAACUAUGGGUUUAAUGAUCGGCGUAUCAUUAUUGAGUAUUGCUGAAUUUAUAGAGGUUUUGGUGGAAUAUUUCAUUAUGAUGUGCAGGAAAUUGGGUCGAUAACAAUAUGUUGUUUUUUAUACGAAAUAUAUUUUUGUUAUCUGAAAUAUUUUUUAAUUUCGUUAUACAAAUCAGAUAUAUCCAAAAUGUAUCCUGUGGUAUAAUCUACAAAUCUGUUAAACAAAUUGAGCUUCAGAAAAAUAAGCUUAGUUACAGCACCAGGUGCCUAGGAGUGGUUAUUAUGCGAACCGAAUCGGCCAUAUACAUUUUAAAAAUUUGGCGUCAUUAAACAUACAUUAUGCAAGAUCUAAAUCUUCUUAUUGCAAGUCUUUAUUUAGGCUUCAGAUGUUCUAGAAAUUAUUAAUUAGACCUUUAUUUACAUGACAAGCCCAAAAUCAACUCUGUAGACCCUUCGGUGGCUUGAAUACAGCUUGGAUUUAAACAGUCGUCCAUUUAAAAUUAAGUCAAUAAAUGACCGACGAAGCUAACGUUACCGUUAGUCAAUGACGCCACUACCGGAGACUUCCGAUGAAAGGCCUGCCAAGCGAGGGUACCAUAGCCAUUGAAAAUGUACUUGAUAAUCGAGAAUAUGUGGGUGGAGUUAUCGUCAGUCAAUUAAACGAUCGACAAUUCUCGUAGACGGUGCGGACACAAUUGAUGCCUAUUUCUAGUCCAAACUUUCAACAGUUACAACUCCGUUCAGAAUAAAGUAAUUUGACUGAA